AUGCACUGUGAAGUAAUUCAUAGAGCUUCUGGAGGUGUAUUUGAGGUUACUAUGGUGUAUGGAGAAAAUGAUGUGGCUAUCAGGGAGGAGCUUUGGAGGGAUUUAGAAAGAAUUAGUAAAUUUGUGAAAAAAGCUUGGGUCAUUAUGGGAGACUUUAAUAGUGUGCUAAAUUUGGGGGAAAGAUUGGGCUCUGUUGUUACCUUGGAGGAGGUAGGCUCUUUCAGGAAAUGUACUAGAAUUUGUAAAGUUCAGGAUCUUCCUACUUCUGGUCCUUUUUUUACAUGGUCUAAUAAACAGGAGGGAGAGCAGAGAGUGUUUUCAAAGAUUGAUAGAGUUCUUGUGAAUUCCAGAUGGAUUGACAACUUUAGAAAUGCUUAUGCAAUGUUCAUCUCAGAGGGCAUUUCUGAUCAUUGUGCAUGUGUAUUGAAAUUGGACAAUACCUUAAUUGAGAAGGCUAGACCAUUUAAAUUUUGUAACAUGUGGGCCCUUGAUGAUUCUUUCUUAGACAUAGUUCAAACUGGGUGGCAGGUGAGAAUUGAGGGUGUCCCUAUGUUUCGAGUGGUGAGUAAACUAAAGAAGUUGAAGCAGAGCCUGAAAAUGCUGCAUAAACAUAAAUUUUCUCAAGUGGAGAAUGAUGCUGCUAUAGCUUUGAUAAAGCUCCUAGAUAUCCAGAAAGCUAUUCAUAGUGAUCCACAUAAUGCAGAUCUACAUAGGAAGGAGGAUGAAGCCAGGAGCACCUAUGAAGAUUUAAAUAAAGCUAAGAUGAGCUUUAUUAGGCAGAAAGUAAAACAAGACUGGAUCAAAGGAGGGGAUGAAAAUACUAGAUAUUUUCAUUCAUGUCUGAGGAAAAGAAGCCUUCAGAAGCAGGUGUAUAGGAUUAAGGAUGAUUCAGGGGAAUGGCAAGAAACUCCUAAGGAGGUGGAGGAAGCUUUUUUAAUGUAUUAUAAGAGAUUUUUAGGGACUGAUAGUGAAGCUACUGGCCAUGUCAGUAACUCAGUCAUAGCUGAAGGCCCUAAUAUGGAUGAAAGUAUGCAGGAGAGACUUGUAGGCUAG